AUGAAACACUUUAGUAGAGUUGAUAGGAAAAGAGAUCACCAGCGUUUGACCCGCACUAAAUGUAUCUCUAGGCUUUGUGUGCAUUACAAAGUCGACACGAAUAGAUAUGUAGUGCCGUUAUUUGAAGAGGCUCACAACCAUGAAUUAACCCUAUCUAGGUUUGUGCACUUACACCUUAUUUAUCAUGAAAUUUCUAAAGCAAAUAGAGCUCAGAUUGACAAUCUUCAGUCACAUGGAAUUAGAACUUGUCAUUUAAUGAGGUACAUGGUUGCUCAGAAGGGUGGAUACGCCCGUGUUGGGUUUACAAAGAAGGAUCUGUAUAAUUAUUUUGAUAGAAAAAUGUGUGCUACUAUUAAAGAUGGUGACGUUGUCGCUGCUUUAAAUUAUCUAAAUGUGAAGUCAUCUGUUGAUCCCAUGCUAUAUGCUAAAUAUUAUGUCAAUAGUAAUGGACGAAUAAAGUCUCUUUUUUGGGCUGAUGGGAGCAGUAGAUCUGACUAUUUUUGUUUUUGGCGAUGUGGUUGCGUUCGACACAAAUUACAAGAAGAACAAAUACAGUUACCAAUUAGUUAUAUUUUCAGGGUGUAA